UAUAUAUAUAUCGAGAAAAGAAAUAAAAAAAUAAGAUAAAAAUCUUUAUAGUAGACAAAGUCAACUAUAAUGAUCAGCGUUGAAUCUUGACUUCCAGAGUACUUAACCGCCUAAGCUCCUGAGCGUUGAAAAAUCAAAAUCCCCUUCAAAAUACAUGGCCUCCUCUGUUUUCAGUCCCUCCCCUGCUUUUGCGUUGGUUUCAUUGCUUUUCAUGUACUUUUCCAUCACUGCUUCUACAAAUGCAUUAGCAGCAGAGUUUGAAUUGUUGUCACUUCAACAAGAAGCUCAGGCUCUGCUCCAAACCGGUUGGUGGAAUGGCCACACUAACCAUACCCCAAGCCGUUGCCAUUGGCCGGGUAUAACUUGCAACCAAGCUGGCAGCAUCAUGGGUAUUUCUCUGCCUCUUUGAGUUCCAACUCGGAGACAAUGACAUUGGGAAAUUCAACUUCUCUUCCUUCCCAAACCUUGUUCCUCUUCAAGUUGUCGGACAUGGACUCAUCGGAAAUAUCCCAUUCGAUGUAGGUCUUUCUAAGUUACAGUCAUUGUUGUUGAGCCGUAACUUCUUAAGUGGGAGUAUUCCAUUUGAGUCAUAACUUAAUCGGUGGCGAAAUACCUUCUGAAAUUGGAAAUAUAACAAACUUGAAGCAAGUGGAUCUCAGCUGUAACAAGCUAACAGGCAGCAUUCCUCAUUCGCUUAUUUCUCUGCAUAGAGUCAGCUUGUCAUACAAUACUUUGAAGGGUCAAAUCCCGGAUGAGCUUCAGUCCUCUCCGCCUGAAGCAUUCUUUGGGAACGAGGAUUUAUGUGGUCACAUGGCUGGUUUCCCUCCUUGCUAUUCAUCUCCCUCUACCUCUGUCUCGAACAAGAGGCUUGUUCUCCAUUUGAAGUUUUUUUUUUCCCCACCAUUUUCCUUGCCAUAUUCUCAUUUGGAUAUUUGAUUGUUAAAUGUGUGGCUAAGAUAAUCCAAUUUAAGGAAAAUGCAACAAAGAAUGGCGAUUUAUUCUCUAUAUGGAAUUACGAUGGAAAAAUUGCAUACACAGAUAUUGUUAAAGCGACAGAGGACUUUGACAUUAAAUAUUAUAUUGGAACCGGCAGUUCUGGCAGCGUCUACAAAGUACUAGUUGCUUUGAAGAAACUUCAUGGUUUAGAAACUGAGGAGCCAUCUUUUCUUAAGAGUUUCAAGAAUGAAAUAAGAGUUUUAUAAAAAAUUCGGCACAGAAACAUUGUGAAGAUUCAUGGAUAUUGCUUGCUCCGUCAAAGCUUGUUUCUGGUUUAUAAAUACAUGGAAAGAGGAAGCUUAGUUGGUGUUCUAAAGAAUGACAAUGGAGCUAGACAAUUGGAUUGGUCCAAGAGAAUACAUAUCAUUGAAGACAUAGCUCAUGCAUUGUUCUACAUGCAUUACGAUUGCAGUCCACCGGUUGUUCACAGGGAUGUAAACAGCAUCAAUAUUCUCUUGAACUUUGAUAUGAAGGCUUCUAUAUCAGACUUUGGCAUACCUAGACUCUUACAUUCUAAUUCCUCUAAUCGAACUAUACCGGCUGGAACCUACGGAUAUGUUGCCCCUGAAUGGGCAUACAAUGAUUGUGACAGGAAAAUGCAAUGUUUAUAGCUUUGGAGUGGUGGUACUAGAAACAAUUAUGGGAAAGCAUCAUGGGGAGCUUAUAAGUUGUUUGUCUUCAUCAACCUGUUCUGGACAACAAAUCAUGUUGAAAGAUGUAUUAGACUGGCGUCUUUCUCAUCCAAUGGAUCCUCCAACUGCCAGUCGCUUUGUUUUGGUAGCAACAUUAGCCUUGGCAUGUCUGCGUUUUGAGCCAAAAUCCCGUCUGACUAUGAAGAAUGUACGCGAGCUUGUUGUUCCUAGGCCUCCAUUGCACAUACAUAUCAGUGCAAUUUCAAUACAGCAGCUACUGAAUCAAGAAAUUUAUAUGGUUGACACGCAUUAGGAAUUUUACUUAUGGAUGGGAAACCAUCAAGGUCUACAACCUUUGUUAUCUAUUCAUAUUUAGUCCAAGAAAAUUGUGAUAAAAUUUUAUUAUUUUUUAAAAUUUCUUCUUCUGUCGCUUA